AUGUUUCUACGAGGGGAAAAUAAAAAUAUAUUUUUUGCAUUUUUUUCAUAUUUUAUGUCAAAAAAUGAGUUGGAUAUCAUCUUUGAGCAUUACGAUAUCGGAUUAAUUGUUCUCACCAAAAUUCACAACAUCAGAAAAAAAUAUGAAGAUGAAAAAAAUAGCGUGCAGGAGGACGACAAUAAUCUGGACAAAGAAGAUGAAGAGUCGUUUGAAAAAAAAGUCAGGGCCUUCUUCCUGAACUAUAACAUGGACCCUCCACAUGGCCAAAAUGAGAACACAGAAAAUGGGAACAAUAAUUGCCAUAAAAAGGGUGGAAUGGAUGUCAUAAAUGACCAAACGGAUGGGGAGAACUACAACAAAUCAGACGUUAGGGAGAGUAAUUCCUUUCCAUCCAUUGGAAAGACGGAGGGAACAAAACGCGAAGGAGAUAAUAACCAGUUUCAUAACAAGCUUCAUACUGUAGAGGAAGGAGCUCCUCAAAAAGUUGACCACAGGGAUAACCACAGCGUUGUGCAGGAUGACCCCCAAAACGCAGAUACUAAUCGAACUGCACAGACCAAUCCCCACGAAAUAACUUGCAACCAAGUUACAAACAAAAGUACGUUAAAAUCAGAAGGAACAACUGACCAUGAUGAAAUGUGUCGAAAAAAAUUAAAAUUAAAGGUGGAAGAAUGCCAUGGUGAAAACGAGGAAAGAGUAACUGAGCACCCGGAACAGGGAGAUAACAGCAGCACUAGCGGUCACAACACAUUGAGCUCAAAUGAGAAUCCUUCCCUUAAGCUGAAAAAUUUAAAUGGUCAGAUCCACAACCUGAGAGAAACAAAAAAAAGAAAUGCACAAGAAAUAGGAAAGCUUAUCAAAAUAGAGGCAAUUGGUGAAGAGAAUGGUAAGGGCCAAAUGAGGACAGGUUAUAUGUGCCAGAAUAUACACGUGCAGAAGCGCCUACAGAAGGAAAAACAAACACAAGGAUCUAAAAACGGAGAGAAGAGAAAGGAAAACAAAGGGGGGAAACAACAUAUGUCGGUAGAAGUGAAAAGGGAAAUUGUGCGAAAUGAAGCGAUCGUGGGUGGACGUAGCAAAUAUGGUGAGAUCCCAAACGGGGAGAAACCAAAUGACGCAAGCAAGCAUCACACGAACGAAACGAUAAAACCCAACAGAGAGACGAAUGACACAAUUUUCCCCGAACGAAAGAAAAACGAAACUUACAAAAAAUUCAGCAAAAGAAUCAACAGAAAAAAAAUAAACGAUUUUGUAGACUACUCAGACGAGCACUGCUUUUACAUCACGGAUCUGUGCAAAAAGGGAACCAUGCUAACGCUCAAGAUGAACCAAUUAACCAACCAACAUAGAUAUAAAUAUAAAUUUCCCUUUUACCCGAAAUUUACAAACCAGCUAAUCACCAACCAAUACGUCCCAUUUAGUAGGGAAGUACAACCUUUAAACAAGAUGCGUAUGAACCUUAAGUUAUUUAAGCACCUAAAUGGAAACCCUCUCACUACAGACACCCUCAAUCAAUUAGGUCAUCCACAGAAUAGUGCAGAAAAAAGAUCAUCCAAUUUAUGUGACCCAUUUAACGAAUACGACAUUUUACAAAGCUUCUACAAAGUAGACGAAAACCACAUAUCCAACCAUACAUACACCCUCGAUAAUGUCGAAAGUGUAGUUCAUAAUACGUGCAACUGUUGUUCCUUCAAGAAUUUACAAAAUGCUAUUUGCGACUUGAACGAGGUGGACAUACCAACUAGCGGGAGAAAUGCAGGCAACCAAGGAGGGACACGUGUUCUCAGCUUUAACAUCAUGAAAAGGGAUAACGAGAAAGGUGUUGUCGAAAAGGACGAAGGAUGCAGAGGGGACGCACCCGCCAAGGGAAGCCAUGACCAGCGUGCUGCAACCAAUGGAAGAAGCGAUUCAUGUAAAAAAUUAAGAAACGACCAGCACGAUUUCCAAAAUAAAAUCCAACAGCAAGUUGGGGGGAAUAACGCAAAAGCAACAGAACAGUUCAGCCCAAUGAACCAUUUAACCGACCUCCUAAAGCGCGAACCGACAUUAUCCACAACUGAUGGUCACCACAAAAUGUACAACGAGGGAGAUUGUAUUUCAUGCUCCAUUAAUCCCAAUGAUGUGGCAACCCCUAACCACAGGAAUGAGCAUUUCUUUAAUGUAAACACCCACUUGGAAGACAACAACCCAAGCAGUAACAGCUAUCCAAAUGGUACAUACUCAGCAUACCCACAAUACCCAGCGUACCCACAGUACUCACCUUUCCCUUACAACUCAAAUUUUCAAGGAAACCCCAUGAUAAGCAGUCACCUUAGUAAUAACCACGUGGAGAAUUAUUUCACCAACACAGAUGGCACAAAUUGUAGGAUUAUAAAUAUGAGUUUCAACCCAAAUGGAAGUAUCCCAACAAAUGUCCAGAACAACCCUGUGAUGAAAACCCCCCAUAAUAGUAUGUACCCCAUGAGUAGUAACAGUUAUAUCCUUAACAGAAGUAGCAUAAGUUUAUUCUCCGAUGGGAACAUCCUCACGGAUAAUCCCCUUCCAAAUUGUAAUGUAAAUCUGAACUGCUUCAAAAAUGACUUAUUCAAUGCAAGAAAAAGUUUCUCCCAUAAUAAUUAUUACCACCAUUUAAAUCCAUACUACAUUUUCAAGUAUAAUAAUCAUCCCGGCAUGACCAUGCACAAUUAUUACAACAAUGACUACGCCAGAAUGAACAACCGAAGUAGUAGUUACACUAACGGAAGGAUUGCCAACAGGGCCCUGCCCUUCGCAGAUAGGGAAUACAUAAACAUGCUUUCAAAAAAUUACACGAAAAGGAGUUUCCAUUAUAGGAAUAACUCCAACCAAGACAGAUCAUCGCGCAUAUGUAACCACAACUUCGCUCCUUCCAUGUGUAACCAGAACGACCAUUUAAACCACCAGACAAACAGCAGAAAUGGUCUGUUCCAUAUGAAUCAGUACAAUAGCAGUCACAUUGGAAGCACUCCCCAUGGAGACAAAAAGGAAGGUAACGCUCAUAAUCCAUCAGGAACAAACCGUAACCAACUACUGAGCGCAUCAUACAACGAUAACGUGAAUCCAUUUGGCGCAUCAAUACCUGGGGAGUGUUUCCACAACACCAGUCCAAUCAACUUACAGAACCAAUCUACCCUUCCUGCGAACAUUUUAAUGAACGUGCAAAGUGCACAUGGAGAACAAGUGAAAAAAAUGCAAUCACUCAUAACCGAUACGUCAAUUAGCCAGAUUUGCUCAUUUAAAGAUGGAAUACCAACGCUGGAUGGAGAGGCAAGCCUCCAAAACGUCGCCCUGCAUCAUCUUAGCGAUGAAUUACCCGUUGGAAAUGAGAACGGCGAUGCAACAGGAGAUUCCCCCAAAACAGUUAAACAUGAAAUAGAAGACACACACGAAGACGCAGAAAUAUCGAACCCAGAUCACCACGUCGAAGGUAAGCAUAUGAUUACGCAAGGAGAAAGCCCCAAUAAUAACGAGGAAGCGCAUCAGCAGGAAGGCCCAAAUUAUGCAUUAACAAAUACGUCUCACAGGGUAGAAAACAAAGAGUCAGGAAUUGCGGGGGAUAUAAUCAGUAUAGGGGAAGUCCGAGCAGAUUCCCCCCAAGACAAUAAAACAAUGAGAACGUAUAGCAACACGACAAACAUGGCAAAACAGGAGAAGGUGGAUUUGCACUGGAUGGCCUUGAGCGAAGUGAGUACACAGGGAGCCGAAUUAGAGGGCACGCCCAACCAGAUCUAUCACCUUGACAGUGAGCAGCAACAGAAACAGCAAUCGGAACAAGGGAACCUUCCCCACGUGGAGGACCCACACUUUUCGGCGAACGCGCAACACGAACAUCUCAACGGAAAGGAUAAUAUCCUUCCGUCCACAUUGAACCAGGGGGACAGCCCACAGUCGGAAGGUCCCAUUAUCCAGCUCAACACGCACGAGCAAAACGACGCAGGGAAUGAAAAGAAGGCACACAGAAGGAAUAGCGAAAUAAUUAUGUGCCCGCCCCCGUGCCAUGUGAAUUACCUCCCCCAUCCGAUAAAAAGCGAACCUAUUUUUCAUGUCCAAAAUGUGUAUAAUCAAGUGAGAGAAGAAAAUAAGGAUGCGUUAAAUUAUCAUGUUAGGAGAAAUAAUUACACAGAUCAUCUGAACAGGAUGGACGAGGUUCUCCUUGAAAGUAACGCAGAAAGUAUAAUUGCCCACACGAAUGAACAAAGAAGCGACACCAACUAUGCUCUAAACCAGGUGAAUUAUUUCCCCUUGCAAAAUGGGUACAAUAAUAAGGAAGAUAAAUACAGAACAGUUAAAGAGAUUAAUAAAGUGCUCGUUCAGAAUAGUGAAAAUUACGUCUUAACAAAGCAAGAAAUUUAUAGGAAUGCCACUCAUAACACUGCACACUUGCAACCACAUGGUAUGAAUGACUUUACACCUUCGAUGGAAAAUGGUGAACUGGUGCAAUGUAUGAUGGAGAGAAAUGUGAAUAUGGACAUCAUACGGGACGAGCUGAACAACAGUGCCGGUAGUACCUUCAACGGUAGCCUCGGCAAAGGCAUUCCCGUCAAUACGGUAAACAACAUGAACGUCUACACCAACAGCACCGUAGACAAAGGGAUAAGCAGAAGUGAAUUCCCAGCUGAAAAUUUAAACUACCAACAAAGCAACAACGUAUUUGCGAACAACUAUUUGGGGGAUUCCCAUUUUAACACGCCACAACAGUUGCAGUAUUACACACAGAAUCAUAUGAUGCCCACUAACUUUCCACAUCUGAAUGCUUAUUAUGUGCAAAAUAAAAUUCCUCCCUUAGAGAAUAAAGAUCAUUUUGAACCUAGCAACGUAGGACCAGUGCAGCAUACUCAACAGAAUAAUUACGACAGUAGGAUUAACACCAAUGUAGAAGAUCUAAGCACUGUCGAUCCAUGUCACAUGGUGGAAACGCAAAACUAUCUCCAUCAUACUUAUAUGCCCUACGAUUCUACCUACUACAAUGGAGAGAUUAACCAAAAUUCCUCCUUCUAUGGUGGCAAUGUAGAAAACAUGAACCCAUUUAACGAUGAUCACCUAAAUGUUUCAUACAACAACUGUUACUUAACCCGGUACAACACGAAUAAUCAUUACGACAACACAAAUGAAAGAAACAUGUAUGAGCAAGGCCUUCUUAACCAAUUUAAAAGUAUCCAUGGGGAAAACCACUUCCCCUUUUACAACCCAUUAAGUGCGUAUGCAGAGGGGACUGUAACCAAACAGAGGAACGACUUCAACCAGAACGAUGAAGCGAAAAUUGAUGAAGCAAAUAACAACGCUAGUGCAGCAAGCAGUAUCCGAAACGGAAACAACAUCACCAAUAGCAGCAACAACAGCAACAAUAAUGAAGGCGGCACGAUCAUCCAAACACACAGCUUCUUCAACCGUGAGACAAACAACCUAUAUAGCCAAGCCAACAUGGAAACCACACAAAAUCUGAACGAAAACAACCCAGCAUAUUCGCACCCCCCAGGAAGUGGCACCCUUAACAAAAUAAAUGAAAAAUAUCAGCCAUCAGAGAUAGACACAAGUAACAAUCUACAUGGCAACAUACAAAGCGACAUUACUAAAAACAGUUCCCUAUGCGAUUUCUUGCAGAGCGAAAAUAAUAAUCAGUACGAAAUGAUUGCCCGUUUAGCACCUAGACAAUCACCCAACUGUUACGUUAAUGCUACCAAUGCCACUGCUAAUGUGUUCAAUGUACAAACGACGGACCACAUAACAAAUGUCCUUUCCAACAACGUAGAACAGGUCAAAUGGGACCACUUCCUAGAUCACACCAAUCCUACCUACCAUGAUCCCACCGGGUACAAUUUUCAUCAAACAUGUAGUGGCCAAAAUGGUGUCCAAAGUAGAAUCCAUAUGCAAAAUAUACCACCUUAUAACAAUUUGGCUAGCUUAAAUGACACCCUCCAAAGCAGUCUCACCAACGGGAUGACCAACCAAAACAACAACAACAGUUGUUACAGAAAUGACGUGACCAACUACAACCAGUGUAGUACUUUUAAAAGAAUACCUGUAACCAAUUUGAGCUUAGCAAAAAUGCAAAAUGGAAAUAUAGAAAAAGAAAGCUUCCCCAGGGAUGCUCUCCCUUUUAGUAACGCCACGAAUGGCUACAGAAGUGAUGAUAAUAGAACGGAUAAACGGUUAAACCAGUUGUUCGGUGACCAAACGAGUGAAGAUACCCUUGCCAUCGUAAAACAGGAAAAUGAGUUUUCCACCGAUAGAGGUAGAAAUGGAGAUGAACUAAAUGACGCACAUCUGUGUGGCCCCCCCAACAGCGCAGGUACGUACGUUCCACAAAAUAACCACCUCCAACAGAUCAUAAGCCAUUUCAACCCAUACAAUAACAGCUACAAUGUUAUGCACCCCGUAAACUAUCACCCUAAUUUCAUCAAUGGAAAAAAUUACCAUCCUUAUUUUGCUCCUCACAAUUUUAACCUAAUCAACGGCCAUGAGGAAAACAAUGCCGCUCAUUCUAAGAACACAUUUUUGUGCAUAAACGAAGGACCCACGUCUGAACAAGCCAACAGUACCAUUACGUACGACGUGACUAACGAUAUGAACCCACCCGUAAACACUGCACAAAAAAGCAAUUACAACACUAACUGUUAUAAUCUACAUAAUGGGGUGGAAGUAAAAAAGGAAGUAUUCUCACACGAUUUAGAACACACCAAACAUUUGGAUAGCUUCCAAAAUGGGUACCAUCUAACAUUUGACCCAAAUGGGGAUAAAAGAAACAUCCCACUGAACAACAACCAAGACGUAAAUUCUCUCAACCUUCGUAUGCUAAACUCGUGUCAUAACAUAUGCAGUGCCACAACAAAUGACCUCCCAAAUUACAAACACCAACCGUGUAAUAAUAUAAACAACGUAAAUGCGUUCGGCAACAAUUUUAUGAAUGCCUUCAGGUUAGAUAAGACGUGCAAACUUAGAGACAAUCAACACGGCAUGCCAAAUUUGACAAAGCAGAAAGGGAAAACUGGAACACUGUCAAAUUAUCCACUCAACGGAGGGAACAACGACAUAGAGGGGAAUAACCCAACUGACGCAACAUGUAUGAACGAUGUGAACAAAUUCAUCACGCCGAAUGAGGAGAGGACGGAAUAUGUAAAUUCCCUUCUGCCCUUCACAAAUAGGAGUAACAACCCAAACGGCAUCGACAAGUUAAGCUCCUUUUUUGGUAACACCAUUGCCAGUGGGAACUGCCUGAAUAAUCAGAACCGCUUUUUGCAGCAGCAAAGUACCUUGUGCAACAUUUUAGGAAAUGGAGGAAGUCAACAAAUGCUCUGCGGAGAAUUUGUUAAUCACCAUCCGAUGAGCCUCAAUUGCCUGAGCAGUAAUAAUUAUAAUACCUACAUGUAUUUGUUCUAUUUAUAUAAACAAAUGGAGAACAGAAAUUACAGCAACAGUAUAAGUGUAGCAGGUGGCACGAACGGUGGAUGCGAGAAGCACGCUAAUGAGGGACCCCGAAACAGUCAGAAAAUACACACCCAACAAAAUACUAACCAGGACAGCAUAAACCAUUACAGAGAAACAGAAAACUCUGUUAACAACAACCCCUUGUAUGUAGGCUCAGACAGAAAUGUGAGCAACGAAAUAAACAGGUACAUCGAAAAUUAUCAAAACCAACUAAACUGCAUUAACAGCACUAAGGAUAACUUGCUCAAUUGUAAUGUCUAUAACGUAGGUGUUCUUUAUAAAAAUGAUCCACAAAUUUAUUCACCAAAUUACCCUUUACAUUUCUCAAACUCCAACACGCUAAGUAGCACCCCCCAAAGUAGUAACCCCUUAGGUAGCAAUCCGCUUUGCCUAAAUGUAUUAAACAGUGCUCACCCGUCCCAGCAUAGUAAUUAUAGUACGCACCAUUUGACUGAACAGAAUAAGCUCCUAUUAAAUGACAACAGUAAAAACCACGUAGGUAGCAACAUUAACUACCCUUCUAACCAAUGGAACAACAUCCUCCACAGAGACGGUAGAACCCAAAAUGGUGACAUCCCCCUCCACAUUCCGCUGAUAAAUUAUUACAAUCUGCAGUUGCUACUCAGCUACCUGAGGGAAAGACAGAUCUACAAUUCGAUGAACCAAGACGCUACGCAGGCUACCUUUCAUAUGAGCGGAAAAAAGGACCAUGGCGAUAAUGUGACUGCCAGAAUGAACAGCAUCGCGAACAACAACUGGAACGACUAUAACAGUAAGAACAGAGGUUAUGGCAAAAGCACCCUCAAGGACGAUUUUAUGGAUGCUGAGAAGGAUUGUGGAAAAACGAAUGCCAAAGGGGGAAUCGUCAAAAAAAUGAGGAAGCACGGCUAUUCUAUAUCCUCCGUAGGGUUCAGUAACAGAAGCAAGAGGUGGACCAUUUGCCCCUCUUACAUCUGCUGCAACAGCGCCCUCUGCAGAUUCAAGCUCACGUGCAAUUUCAAGUUUUUGCAAUUCAACCAGAAUUACAAUACGUUUAACACUCCAUGUGCUGUAUUCAACUGCUACAAAAAUAUUAUGAACAAACAUAAUUACUUUACCUCCACGUUGUGUCCACAACAAACUUACCUAUCCAAGCAUUCAGCACAGGAGCAUGAAACGAUUUUCAACGUGUACUGGCACCUGCUCAACAAGGAAAAGUAUCAGUACAUACAAAAUAUUAUCCUCUUCCUGGAUAGCAAUUUAUACACGAGAGCCGUGUGGUUACUAAAAAAGGGUUACAGUAUGGACGACUUCCAAGUCCAGAAGGCGGAAAGAAAAUUGAUAAAGUUGAUGCUGCUAGUUUUCAAAUUUACCCAUGACUACAAAAAUGACACUGAUAAAUAUGAGCAUAUAAAGUCCUUCCUCUAUUCCCUCAAAAGCAGCCAUAUCAAUUUUGAGCUCAUGAAUCGCUUCCUCUUCUACUGA